AUAAUAUUGGAAAAAAUCAUAAAAGUAAGCACGACUGGACCAAGAACUAAGUAUCUAAAUAUCUUACAAAAUCCAAGUGCACAUUUUAAAAAUGACUGAAAUGAGCUGAAACCAUAGACUGUAAAAAAUAGGCUGAAACCAGUUUGUGUAUGUCAGCGUGGAUGGUUACUAUGGCAACGAACACACCGAGUUGUAAGAAUUGAGAAAUAUGUCAGGCAAAAAGAAAGGAGGCAAGCUGAGCAAAGGGGAGAAGGAGCGGUUGCAGAGAGAGGAGGAUGAACGCAAACAUAAGGAGGAGGAGGAGGCCCGUUUGGUGGCGGAGCGAGAGGAGCAGGAGAGGAGGGAGAGACAACGGCAAGAGCAGGAGGAGCAGGAGAUACUGGAGCUCAAGGACAAGGAACGCAGAGAGGAUGAGCUGAAUGAACUGCGCCAUCUGCUGGAGAAAAACCAGGCUGCUGUCAGUAAAUGGGAGUCUGAAUCCAGGGAAAAAGCUAAGUGGGAGCGCUACAUGCGUUGUGAUGGCAGCCCAGACCCCUCGGUGCUGCAGGAGAUCAACACCUUCAUCACGCUCUGGCGGGAGGACCCUGAGGCUCAGGUCAAACCCAUCCUGCAGCAGUGCGAUCUGGCACUGAGGCUCAUUGAUGAGCUGGAGGGUCUGUUGGCUGACCAACCGGAGCCUCAGGAGGCCAUCCAGCACAAGGAGACGCUGCAGUCGCUCCAGGAACUCAUCCUCGCCAAACAGAACCUCAUCACUGAGGAAGUUCUCAAGUUGGCAAAGACUCAGUCGGAUAUCGAAACAGGGAAUAUGCAGACAGUGAUCCAAGACAAGAACAUCACUCUGUGUCUCUGGGCCAACCUGAACAAGAACCCAAGGUUUAAAGGUUUCGAAUUCCAGGAGGUGGAGCUGAGCUUCAGGCUGCCUAAGCAGCUGGCCGUGGGCGACGUGGCCGUCCGCAUCCUGCACGCGCGCUACGACCACCUGUCCCACCUGAGUCGGCCCACGCCGCCACGCUCGCGCAGCUCCUUCGCCAGCAUUGUCGCCGGGGGCGACCAGGAGCCGCAGGGGCCCCAGGACACCCCUGCCGCUGCGGAGACGGAGGGGGAAGGCGAGGGGAGAGGAAGUGUUCUCCCGGGGGAGGAGGCUGAAGUGAUGUCGCUAAAGUCAGAGGGCAGGAAGACUGCUGUCAGUAUGCAGUCUGGGAAGGAGGACAGGAAGAGUGCUGCACUGAAGCCAGUAGAUGAACAUGGGAAUGAGCCAGAGGAGACUGAGACCAUGGUAGAGGGCAUAGACUCAGGUGAGGGUGGCUCCCCGUCACCCGCUGUGGACCCAGUGGCCGACAGCCUGGUGGAGAGCAUAGUGGACUUGCACCAGUUGAGCUCUCUGGGCGGCGUCUUCUACUUUGAUGCGUUCCACCUGCCACCUCAGGCUCACUCGCUCAACGGCUGGGAGAUCCGACAGCUGCUGGACACAGGCCUGCAGGUGUUCCCUUACCCCUCAGAGCAAACCCCUCUGCACAGCUCCACCUCUGGCAAACUGGACGAGAGCGGCGCCCUCUCCUACCUUCCAGUCGGGGUGUCUGUCAAGCUGCCAGACACGGUCAUCUUCCUGGAGGACCCCCAGGUGGCCAGAUGGGACCCCGCAGACCAGCACUGGAAAACAGACUGCAUCAGCGAUGUGUCGUACGAAGCAGAGGCCAGGAGGGUCUCCUUCAACAUGGACGCCUUCUACGCCUUCACGCUCAUGCAGGACAUGUACGCCAACAUGCCCUUCCAGGACUGGGAGCUGAGGCCCCUGGCACAGGACUCGGCCCUCCUCACCAUCACUGGGGCCCUCAUAGACGUCCGAAUCACCAUCAAGGGUGACCAGUGCAUGCUUCAGACGGAGCAUGAGCACGCUCCCGCCCACCUCCUUGACCGGUGGAUGAGUGCGCCAGCGCUCCAGGCGGCCAUGACCAGCGCCGGCAUCAACAUCUUCACCAGCGAUCACUCAGACAAGUAUGUCAGCGUCAACGCCAAGGAUCCGCUGAUUGAGCACACGGUCUAUGAGCAGAUGGCCCUGGUCUCCUCAGCUGUGGCUUUUGCCUGGAGCCGAUGGAACUCACAGUGUGGACAAGAACACCUGGUAUUAAAGGUAUGUGAGCAGCUGGAGGGGGAGCCGGUGGAGGACGACGCCUGGUCCCUGUACCUGCUGGGUGCCCAGAGGAGUCAGCGGCUGGCCAUGGGCGAGGACGACGCCACCUUCAGCCCGCAGCUGGCGCCGCGCUCCGAGUUCCACUCCACCUUCCUGCACAUGCUGCUGGACGGCUUGAGCGGCGUGGCGAAGGAGCGUGUGCGCGCGUCGCACCACCUCCAUGUGGAGACUGUGCAGAGGCUGCUGUGUGCCACGCGGGUGCUCACCUACUCCUGAACAAACACACACACAGGUUGCAUACAUCGUUACAUGUACAGAGACUUGUCAGUGCACACACACACAUACACUUAUGCAAACACCAUACAUGUAGCUACAUGCUCAAGGCCUCAUAUGCACCCUCAUGUGUGAAUGAGUGAACGAGAGAGAGAGAGAGAGAGAGAGAGAGAGAGAGAGAGAGAGAGAGAGAGAGAGAGAGAGAGAGAGAGAGAGAGAGAG